AUGAAUCCAGUAGCCACUGUAGCAACCGCAGUAUCCACCAAUAAACCGACUGAAAUUCAAACAAGAAUUUGGCGCCAUUCCUUGGCACCUAAUGCUUACUUUUUGGACAUCUCAAAGAUUUCUCAUCUCACCGAUGCUCAACAUUUUGACCAGAUACUUAAAACGUCCUUUAGUCCCGACGAUUUUUAUGGAAUCAAAGCGCUCGGCAGCCGUAAUAACGGUCGUUAUAUUGAAAUUAAUCCUGUUCCUGAGAUCGAGAAACAAUUUUGUCAGAACGGCAUU